UUCUUUGUUUGUUUGUUGCAUCUCAUCAGGAUCAAAAAAUAAGUACAGCCGUACCAGGUCGUACCAGUGCUACCCUCUACUUCUUCAGGUACAUUGUUGUAGUAGUUGCUGUGGUUCCACGAUACGAGUAGUGCAUUGUCCUGUCGUUCUACUUGCUUUGGUCACACAAAGAGAGAGUUCGAGACGGAGGGAGUAUUUGAGUUUUAACCAUGACCAAAUGGACGAGGUUGACGGCAGCCACUGCAUGGAGGGUUCCUCGCAAUAAGAAACUUCUUGGCAACGCCAUUGUCCGGUGGUACCAUCCCAAGACUCUGUCAAAAACUGCCAAUCUUUCUAUUACCGGUGGAGCUCUUUCCACCUGGACGGGAAAGUCAUCAGCGGCCUUUUCGUCGUUUGCACCCAUCGAUGAAGGUGCCGGACAGCCUGGACUGGGAGGCGUCCACGACGUGGGAGGGUUGCAAGCGUUAAUGGGCGAAACAAUCGACUUGAGCGAUCCCACCUUGACGGACUGGGAGCAGGAAACUCAUGCCUUGUUGAUUGUGCUCAUUCAAAAUGGCUAUUUUGUCACGGACGAGUUGCGACGCCACAUUGAAAGCAUGUCGGCGCCGCAUUACAUUGCACGAUCCUACUAUUGCAAAUGGUCCACCGCCAUGGCAUUGGGAUUGAUUGAACGAGGCGUGAUAUCCUACAGUGAACUGGAUGACGAACUGCUAGCAGGUCAAUCUUUGGAUGACUCUACUGCAUCUGACAAUCCGGCAUUUUCCAUUGGACAGCGCGUCAGAGUCAAACCAGAACAAUCCAUGGCCCGAUGGCGAAAACCACAUUUGAGAAGUCCCGGUUACAUCUUUGGAGUAGCGGGAGUGGUGGACUCGUACGAAGGCAGGUUCGCAGAUCCGUCCUACAAAGCGUUCCAAAGUAUGAUUUUGGUCAACAACGACAACGAGGACAGCAAGGUCGAACGCAAGGACCACUUGUACCGUGUGAAGUUUCGUCAACAAGAUGUCUGGCCAGAGGGACAAGGAUUGAAUAGCAACACCCACUCGGAUGAUAGUAUGGAAGAGUCUGACACCGUCACGGUGGAAAUAUACGAAAAUUGGCUCUGCGAAAGUUCCCAGGAUGACAAGGUAACGAAUUGGGAGAUGGAUCCUACCAAUGCUCUUCAUGACAGCCAUUCCCCCAGCAGUGACCAUCAUCACCAUCACCACCACAAUCACGAUCACGAUCAUGACCACGAGCAUCUACCCCGUGCCGAAUUGGAACAACAGGCCGUCGACUUGGAAGCUCGCAUCAUGUGCAGCAGUGCUGGUACCGGUACUGGUGGUAUUGAUCAAAAAAAUAAUAAUGACAGCUCGGAAGCUGUCGUCGGAGAUCGCUUAUCGGCUGCAUUGAUUGCCCUGCUGUCCAAGCCAGAACGCUUGGGUCCCAAUCUACAAACAGAUCUUCGGAAGCUCAUUGAUGCCAUGGAAUCUCUGCGGUUGCGAGGUGAUGGAACGACGUUGGUGGUCAAGGCUUGGAUGGAUUCGGACUUUGAAGCAAGGCUGCUAGAAGAUGCGGCGGCGGCUGCCAUGGAAUUCAACAUCCAAACCAUCAACGCCACAGCGCCCACCAAACUCAAAGUCGUAAAGUCGGAAUUGCCGUCUGCGACCCAGCCAGGAGUGCACAAUCUCAUCACUUGCACAUUGUGUAGUUGCUAUCCGCUGUCGUUGUUGGGGCUGUCUCCGAAAUGGUACAAAUCGAGAUCCUUCCGGGCACGGGCCGUGCGAGAACCUAGAGCCAUGCUGCAGGAUUCCUUUGGGUUGGAGUUGCCUCCAGACCAAUGGAAGAUUCGGGUUCAUGACAGUACUGCCGAUCUUCGAUACCUUGUCUUACCACCUCGACCACCAGGCACAGAGGAUUGGACAGAAGAAGAAUUGAGACAGUUGGUGACUCGAGAUACCAUGAUUGGGGUAGCUUUGCCACAAGGAAUCAUCUCUUGAGAGAGAGAGAUGGUAUCUGCAUUGAAUUUGAACGCAGCAAAUAAGCAAUUCAUAGAAUCCAGCAGUCUACUGGCGCUAUUAGUGCUGGUAGGCCACAUCCCACGGAAAAAUUUAGCCUGUUUAGAUAGGUUGAAGAAGCUGCAAACAAGCUGGUACUUGCUGGCUGCGUUUCCGGUCUGGUAGAUUCACAAUAUCCCAGCCGCUCAACUUGGCCAAGCAGCCAGCUAGCGGCUGACAGUACAGGGUAUGAGUAACUGGCGAGCUUGACAUCUUCUACAGCCAGCCACCCCAGUUUCGUGUACCUUGUGUUCAAAGAAGCUAGGAAGAGUGCAUGCAUGGUGAGUUUGAACCUGCCCCCCAGAUUCAUUUACCUUGUGGACAAUGGUUCAUUGCAGCUUCAACGGUUGCUUAAAGCUCCUCAUUUACCGACAUGGUACAAUUCAUCCUACGAUAAAACUGCGAUGUGGUUCUUACUUACUUCCUAUAGUCAUCUUUCUAACGUUUAUUAUGUUCAAAACUAGGUACGGUACAGACUCAAGCGCACAACUUGUUCAAUCAAAUCCAUAUCUUCGCAACGUCCCACAAUCAUUUGGACCAUCUCAUCUUGACAGUGCUGGUAGUGAUCCCGAAUGCGCUGUUCCAUUCCAAUCCAUCCAUCCCGGAAUUCUCCUUCCAUGUCAAAUUCAUUGCGCUUGGAAAAGCACUUGGGCAGUACGACCAUGGCGAGAUGACAGUAAAACGCGUCCUCGACUUGAUGAAAGACGGCCAGUCGGCUGUGGUAUUUGCGGGUCACCCUGUGGGUGAUUUGCAACUUGGCAUUGUCCUGUACCAGCUGCAUCUUGCGCGCCGUCAGCAAUUGACAGUUUCGUCGGAGUGCCUUGUUGGAUCGACGUAGUUGCUCAAACUCCUUUUGUUGCUUGGCGGCAACGAGGCUCUGUCGGCGAUCGGUACCCGCCAAGGGUACAUGGAGCUUGUCGGUUUGUUUCUUGAGAAAGCGUUCCUGUGCGGCCUGUUUCUUAUCUUCAAUUGCCGCUAGUUGAUUGACUUCCAACUCUUGCACUUGGUUCAGCUUGGAUUGCAGGGCUUCUACUUGCUUUCGCAGUGCUAGGAUUUCUGGGUCGUCUUCCAAGUAAUCAUCGUCAUUGUGGGGUUUGACUACUCUUUUGGCUGGUGGAGAUUGUGGCUGUUUCUUGGUUGGCUUGGUGGUCUUUUGAGCCUUUGGUUGGGGUUUCUUCUUGGGUUGGGGUUGUGUUUUUGGGAGAGUUCGCGGUGACUUGAUUGCUGAUGGUGGUUCGUUUUCAUCUUCUUUGGUGGAAAACUCCCGAAUCUCUACUGGCCCAAAGCUCACCCGUCGAUUGCCUCGGCAAGAUAACACUUUGGGGUAUUGUCCGGAUACCUCGUCGUCCAAGGGUAUUUCUUCAAAGGCUUCUUCCCGGUGUUGCUUCAAGUGCAUCCAGGAUGGUGACUCCUCGGCCAUGCUACCCCUGCGAAAGGGACUCAUGGCAUCCACCAGAGUCAUGCGUCGCAAUGCCGGUGUCUUGAGAAUCUGGUCAUCAUCUUCUUGCUGCUUUUGUUGCCGGAGAUGAAGAUGAUAGAUGGUAUCUGAGGCUCGUCGAUCUGGGUUAAAACGGGAUGGACUCGUGCUCUUGUUGCCCAAGAUAUCCUUGUCAUAACCGCACUGGCGGUUCUUCUGAAUGGUAUUCUCGUAGGUAGAUACCACGGGAGCAAUGGAGGGGCGGCGGUUCGUCAUGGUAACAGUCGAAGUUGUAGUCAUCCUAUCUACUAGACUAACCAGGGGUAUUUGAGACGAGGCAAACUAACUA